AUGGUGACCGUCGUGACGGACGACCUUGUGGUGGGCGAUAUCGUGCAGAUCAGCGCUGGAGAUACCGUUCCUGCGGAUGGUAUCUACAUCUCAGGAAACAAUCUCAAGAUGGACGAGUCCAAGCUGACCGGAGAGUCGGACCAAGUGGCCAAGGGCGCGAAAAACCCGUUCAUUGUGUCCUCCUCGGAGUGCCAUGACGGUUCGUGUCUGAUGUUGGUGACUGCGGUGGGUCCGAACAGUGUGUUCGGACGCAUGAAGACGAUGAUCGAGGGAGACAACGAGGGAAUCACGCCUCUGCAAGCCAAGCUGUCCAAGCUGUCCACGCAGAUCUCCGUGCUGGGCGCGGUGGUGGGCGUGGGAACGGUGGCCAUCAUGAUCAUCAAGCACAUCGUCAACUUCGCGAUGGGAAAUGGUAACGCGAGCUGGAACGCCUCCGACUGGAUGUUCAUCGUGGAUGCCUUUGUGAUCGGAGUGACGAUUCUGGUCGUCGCCAUUCCCGAGGGUCUGCCCUUGGCCGUCACGAUCGCUCUCGCCUAUUCGGUGAAGCGUAUGAUGAAGGAUAACAACUUGGUGCGUCACUUGAACGCUUGCGAGACCAUGGGAGGAGCGAACACGAUUUGCUCGGAUAAGACGGGAACGCUGACGCAGAACCAGAUGACCGUGAUGCAGGGAUGGGUCUACAAACCGGACGCUGAGGACCAGUCCAAGAUGCUCAACGAAUACAAGAAGUCGGACGACGCUGAGUACGAAGACUUCCUCAAGAAAUGCAAGGAGCUGCCUGAAGGUCUGCGCGAGCUGCUGUUGCAGAACGCGCUGCUGAACAACGAGGCCUUCCUGACUCAGAACACCGACGGAAAGGAAGUGGGCGUGGGCUCUGCGAUCGAAGUGGCCAUGCUGAAAUGGGCGCGUCGCAUGGGCAUCGACUACGUCAAGAUGCGCACGGAGUUGCCCCAGAAGAAGGAGGACGACGGAAAGCCGGGCGUGAUCAAGCUGUACCCCUUCCACUCGAACCGUAAGCGAUCUUCCUGCCUGGUGCGCCUCCCGAACGGCAAGUAUCGUUUGUAUGUGAAGGGAGCGCCCGAGAUGGUGAUCCGUCUGUGCGAUUACAUCGCCUACGACCUGGGAAAGGCCAACCCGAUGACCGGAAAGUUCGUGGAGAGCGACGGAAAGGUGGAGGGAGAGGGAAAGCGCAAGAACAUCGUCGAGAACUGCAUCUACCCGAUGGCGAAGCAGGCGCUGCGUGUGCUGGCGUUCGCCUACCGCGACUUCGAUGAGCCUGUGGACUGGGAUGAGAUGGUCCAGUACGCCACGGAGGAACAGAAGGGUGUGGGUGACUGCCCGAAGGUGGAGAGCAAUCUCACGAUGAUCGGACUGCUCGGUGUCCAGGAUCCCGUGCGAGGCGAAGUCCCGGACUCGGUCUUGAAGUGCCAGAAGGCCGGUAUCUUCGUGCGCAUGGUGACGGGAGACAACAUGGAAACCGCCAAGGCCAUCGCUCGUCAGUGCCACAUCUACCAGAACAAGGAAUGGACCGACGGUCAGGGAAAGCGCUAUCCUCCAGGCCGCGCGAUUCUGGGUUCGCAGUUCCGAGAGAUCGUGGGAGGACUGGUUUUGCCGCCUCACUUCUAUCAUGAGUGCCACUGCAAGGACUGCUCGAAGGACAAGUACUUCGUUCCCGACUACAAGACUCCCGAUUACCCCGUGCACUUCGGUUAUCCCUCGAUUGUGGGUCACAAGGAUCACCACUGCGCCGAUUGGACCGAGGAGGCGAAGAAGAAGCGCGGCAGCGAUCCCAAGAGCCAGUGCACCGAGGAGUGCAAGCAGCGUGGGUGCAUGUACCAGGUGAAGAACCCCAAGGACGAGCGCCAGCUGCAGCAGUUCUAUGUGGUGAAGAACCAGGCUCAGUUCGAUCAGUUCGUGGACACGCUGCAGGUGAUGGCGCGUUCGGCUCCUACCGAUAAGCACUUGCUGGUAACGGGUCUGAUGGAGCGUCAGCAGGUGGUGGCCGUGACGGGUGAUGGAACCAACGAUGGUCCUGCUCUUUCCAAGUCCAACGUGGGUUUCGCUAUGGGAAUCACGGGUACCAGCGUGGCCAAGGACGCUUCGGAUAUCGUGCUGAUGGAUGAUAACUUCACCUCCAUCGUGAAGGCCGUGAUGUGGGGACGGAACGUGUACGACUCCAUCCGCAAGUUCAUCCAGUUCCAGCUGACCGUGAACGUGGGUGCGUUGCUGUUGGCCUUCGUCUCCGCCUGUAUCAUCAACGAAUCUCCCCUGAAGGCCGUGCAGCUGCUCUGGGUGAAUCUGAUCAUGGAUACGUUCGCUGCCUUGGCUCUGGCCACCGAGCUGCCUACCGAGCAGCUUCUGGAGCGCGGUCCUUGCCGUCGCGACGAGUCCCUGAUUUCCUCGGUGAUGCUGCGCAACAUUCUGGGUCAGAUGCUUUACCAAUUCACCAUGCUGAUGUUCCUGGUGUUCCAGGGCUUCCGCUACUUCAACAUUCCCAACGGAAUGGAUCUGGGAGAGUCUGCGAGCCCGACGGUCCACUACACGCUGGUGUUCAACAUUUUUGUGAUGAUGCAGGUGUUCAACGAGUUCAAUUCCCGCAAGAUCAACAACGAGUGCAACGUUUUCAGCCACAUCUUCGACAACUAUCUGUUCUGGGUGAUCAUCAUUGGAACGAUCAUCGUGCAGUUGAUCAUUGUGGAGAUCGGAGGUGAGGUGAUGAGCACCACCACGCUUUCCUGGAGCGAGAUUGGAAUUUCGAUUCUGCUUGGCGCGUUAUGUUUGGUAUAUCAGCAGUUGAUUCGCACGAUUCCUGGAUCCAUCUUCCUGGACCUCAACGGAGAUGAGUCGAACAGCGUGUCUUCGGUGUGGGAGCGAUUCCUGCGUGUUGAUUCCUCCAAGUGGGAGUUGCCCAGUGUGACCACGCUCACCUUCUCCCAGAAGCCUGCGGCGUUGCGACGAAUUGAUACGACGAUGUAA